GUUGGGAGAGCAUGACGAGCACGAAAAACGCCGAAAACGACAAGAGAACACGACAGGUCCUACUCGGACCGAGUGCCAGUUCGUCCGGAUCGUCGUUUUGGCUGGAAGCCUCGACUGCCCUAACCCAGCUGGGUAGCCGGCCGGAUCCAGUAAUGUGGUCAAGAAUCGCCAUUGUGUGGACCGUGGAAGUCAAUGGGUGACAAAUGUCUGCGGCAACUGACAGUCUGUGUGUCCUACUACUAGGCGUCUCUGCGUGGCUGAACCUUAUACAGUCGAUAGCUCUUAUAUGCAGUGACGCCGUUGUUCUCUGGUCUGCCCUCGCCCUUCCUCGACCCGCUGGCAAGAUGCACAGUGCCACGCAUACCAUCGAGGACAUCGCUGCCGCAAUUGCCGAUAGGCUCAAUCACACGUUGUCCUCCGUCGAUCGUGAACCACUGAUAGAGCAGCUGGAGACGAUCAGGCGACUAGCAAGGGAACUACCGGUGUCCUCUAGUACCAGAGAGACAUUAGCGACAGAGGCGCAGAAGCUCAGCGAUAUUGCGCGCGAUGUCGUCGUCGUCUACGACAACGACAACGACAACGAUGAUGAUGAGGAUGAUGACAACGAUGACGACGACGAUGCCGAUGACGAGGAUGUCGCCACCAUCGAUGAGGAGGUCGCAUCCAUCGACGAGGAGGAUUCUCAGCCUGAGGCUUGGGCGAUACAGGCUCCCGUCUCCAGAGUGCAAGCGCAAAACAUAGCUGAUCAGCUGCAACCUAUCAUCACAAGCCUGGAAGCUGCGUGUGCAUGCUGCUACGCACCCAAGGAUACCGAUGAUGUUAUUCAAACCGUACGCAUACUCCAGGAGGGUAUGGGCUUGCCUCUCCCGAUUCCUUGGCACAUCAUCGAACUUGCCGAGUAUUGGGUGCGCUCUGUUGGGAGCUGCGGAACGCUGACCGUGGGCGCGUUCGAUUCCACGAUACAAGAGGAGCUGUGUUGUAGUGUGAGGAUCCCUUUGCACGUGAAGAGCUACAAACCGUUGCGCAGGGUCGUGUUUACGAUCGAGGCGCACGACCAAGGUUGGUGCAAUUCCAUCGACGAUGGCUCCUGGACUUGGUUCGAAGCAGACAGCCAAGCCGCGUGGAGGCGGGUCAUCGUACGCAACCCUCCCGCUUCCGGGCGCUUCCAUACGUACCGCAUACAAUGGGACUUGUCUUUACCUAGCGAUAUAGAGGUGGACACUCAGCUACAUGAGUGGUUGGGCCGCUUCCCUGCGGGUGAAGAACUGUCGGUUUUCGCUCGCGCCCAAUUCGGGGCAUGGCAGAACUUUGUUAGAAAGGUGGUGGUGGAGAGCUAUAGUGCCUGCGUGUAACGUCACGGUCUGCGUGACUCGGAGUGCUCGUAUUCAUUUGCGCCACUAUUUCUGGAUGGAAGACUCGGAGACAGCUAUGAAAGCCCGAAGGCCUGAGGCCUGAAGGGCUUGAUGAUGUAUAAUACCUUCAGUUGCAAAAAUCACACGUCGGCGCAUAA